UGCAGCUGCCUGCCCGGCCGGCCGCUUAAGCUCCCCGCCUGUGCCACGCUCCUUUCCCCGCGCCCGGAUUUGCUCGGCGCCUGGCGCUGGAUCUGUGCAGAGAGCGGCUGCGAUCGCCCGGGAAGCCAAUGUGGCAGGACUGGCCGCAAGCCCGCGGCUCCCAUCUGCAACUCUAAACCGGUGUGUCUGAAAACAUACCCACCACUGGAGUUUGGCAAUGCUUACAGCCGUCUGUGGUUCUCUUGGCAACCAGUGCUCAGAGACACCCCGUUCCUCCCCAACCCACCUGGAGCUGCAGCCGUUGCAGACCUACCAGCCACAUACUAGCCCUGAGAGUGGGGGAGACUUCCCAUCUCCUCUGCAGCCCACGGAACUCCAGCACCUGCCUAUAGCUGGACCUGAUACCGAGUUUUUGACCAACCCUGGCUAUGAGCUGCAUGGGUCUCCGAGGUUAGACUUGGACGGAGACAGCCAGUUGGCCCCCGGCUCGUACUCCAAGCUUCUACAAACAGCACCAGAUAUGGCUCACCACUAUGAACCCUGGUUCAGGCCUACACAUCCUAGUAACACCACUGAAGACACUGGUGUCAAUCCAUGGUGGGAUCUCCAUGCUGGAUCCAGUUGGAUGGACCUUCAGAGUGGUAUCCAGCCACCAGGCCACACAGGUGGACUUCAGCCAGCCCUGGGUGGCUACGGCUCUGCAGAACAUCAACUCUGUGGCCCACCUCACCACCUCUUGCAGUCAGCACCGCACCUCAUGGGCCAGGAAGGGGUCAAACCCCUUGAUUCUACUCAGGAGCCUCAUCCGCUGGAACAGGCCGGGGAAGUUAGUGGUCGGCCAAAAAGCUCCAGGCGUUCGGUGAGCCGGAGUUCUGGUCAGGCUGCCUGCCGAUGCCCCAACUGUCAGGAAGCUGAAAGGAUAGGGCAGUGCCCUGACAACUCUAAGAAGAAGCACCUCCAUAACUGCCAUAUUCCUGGUUGUGGCAAGGCCUAUGCCAAGACGUCGCACCUGAAAGCUCACCUGAGGUGGCACAGCGGGGACCGCCCCUUUGUUUGCAACUGGCUCUUCUGUGGGAAACGCUUCACUCGUUCUGACGAGCUGCAGAGGCACCUUCAGACCCACACAGGAACCAAGAAAUUCACUUGCCCUGUUUGUAACCGAGUCUUCAUGAGAAGUGACCACCUCACCAAGCAUAUGAAGACACAUGAUGGGGCCAAGGAGGAAGCUGAAGGAGAAGCCAAAGUUGGGACAGAGCCCCCAGCCAAAGUCAAACGGGAGCCUGAUGGAAGCUGUUCGAGUGGCAUUUCCCAACCCAACUGAGCCUUUCUUCCUCGGCGAGGAUGUCCCCUUUCCGUCUUCCUGUAAUGGUCAUUCGUGGCCUAUUGACUUGUCCACUUUGCUCAGGGCUCUGGGGGUUGUCACAGCCUGUGGACCUGAAUGAGACUCUGUCCUUGAAACGAGAAGUUAUUUAUUCUCUGGGAGGAAAGUUUUAUGUUGUGGGGAAGGGCCAAGCCCUUCAGCAGCUUUGGGGAGGGUCUUCUCAUUGAGUUUCUCUUUGGGAAGUAUGGGAGGGAUGCUUUUUGAAGGAUUGUUGCUGAAGUAGGUUGGGUUAAAUUUGCAGAUCUCAGUGGAGGGAUAUGGGUCUUACCUGUCUCCGUCUUGAAUGAUGGGUUUAUUAGAGUCUGUUAUACGCAGAGAACACACAAGGGCAUAAAUAUUUGGUGGAACCUAAUUCUUUAGUUCAAGCUUGUAGAGAGAUUUGUGGGUUUGGAGCUGACCAUCCAUUAACCAGUCCCCAUCCCAGGUUUAGCAGGCAAGAUAGCUGCUAUCACUCAGUUUCCAUUGGCUGAGUGUCUUUUCUUUGAAGAGUGUAGGAUAUCAUCUUAGGCUUGAUCCUAAACAGUACUAUCUUGUGCUGUUCCCAAAGCAUCUCAGAACCUAAACCUUAUUAGUUGCUAUGGAUGUUCUCACAAGUCACAAGUUAGGAGCAGUAGUGGCGUAGUGGUUAAGAGCAGGUGCACUCUAAUCUGGAGGAACCGGGUUUGAUUCCCCGCUCUGCUGCCUGAGCUGUGGAGGCUUAU